AUGAGGGGUCUGCUGACCACAAGGGACCAGCACUGCUGGAAGGAGUUGAUUGAGAAAGAGGCUUUCAGCAGGGUCAGCUGGAAGGUGAAGUAUGGGCACAAGUUCCCCACGCUAGAGUCCUGCAGUGGCCCCAGGAGGAAAUGUAUUCUACCUGCUAUUUGCCCUCCCAAGGAGCAGGAGGAGAGGCUCAGUCCCCCUAGGACCCAGGAGGAGGGAACUGGCUUUAAGAAGCAGGGGGAGGGGAUAAGCCUCCCCAGGAAGCAGGAGGAUAAGGAUCAGGAGCCCCUUCUUAAGGAAAUGAGACCUGCCACCCCCAAGACCAAGCAUCUGCUGUACCAGGGCAUCUCCCAGGAAGGCCAAGGAAGGCACCUGUAUCUGCAGGAGAGAAAGCUGAAGAAUCCUGAGGAGAAAUUCCACUAUCCAGUCCUGUCAUCCUGGGAGUAUGGCUGGCGCUUAGGAGACGUUAUUACUGAAAUCAAGGCUCCAAUUCAUGUCAGGUCUGGAAUUGUAAAGGAUACUUUCUACAUCAGAAAUGGAGUCUUCCAUCAUCCAUCAAAAAGUGACAAGCUGUCGUGA